AUGACAGGUAAUUCUGUUUUUGACUGUAAAUAAAAUAAUUUUAUUCAAUGCUUUGUAUUUAUACCUAUUAAUAUCUUUAUUUGCUUAUUACUUUACUCCAUAAUUUUUUUUUCAAUUUAAAAAUAAAUUAAAUUCACAAAAUAAAUAAUUUGUUUGCUUUAAAAAAUAAUGUUUUUUGAAAACCUUCAACAAUUUAUAGAAUCAGAAGUUUCUAACAUCAAAAAUAUUUAAAUAGACUUAUAAUAUAAAUGGAUUUAAAGUUAAGGAGUUCUAUAACUUAGCUAGAAACUGCAUCAAUGUCUUCAGAUUAUAUAACUCUAAAUCAAUUUGCAAUUUAACUAAAUUGGCAAAGAGGGUUUAGAUGAAAUAGCUAAAGCAAUUGUAGGAUGCAAAUUGCUUAAUCAAUUUUCAAUAAAUUUGGAAUCAAAUUAAAUUAAAUCUGAAGAUAUUUAAAAUUUUAGCUAGUGCUUGCCUCUCUGCUAUAAUUUGAAAAAUUUGUGUCUAGAUUUAAUAUGCAACGAAAUUAAUAAUGAAGGGGCUUUGGAGUUAUCUACUUCAAUUUCAUAAUGUAAGAACUUAAAAUCUUACACUCUUGAGUUAUUCUGUAAUAAAAUUGAUUUUGAAGGAUACUUUUCUAUGUGCAAAGUUCUAUAAAGUUGCAACUAAAUUUAUUCGAUAAGAUUGCUUUUGAAUUAAAAAGAUAAAAAAUUAACUCAAAUUGUAAAAAAAUCAAAGAGAUUGGUGAAAUAAAUCUAAAAUUGA